UUAGUGGCAUGCAACAUCGCUGAGGAAUUACAGAGCCGUGAACGCAGGGAAGGAUAAGCAGGAGGGAAUAUCCAAAUUACUUAGACAGUGGACCCCGCCAAACACAACGCAGCGUUUGCUUAAAUUGCAUUUGCUCUUUUAUUUUCUCCAAGGACAUGCUUGCUUUUUUUUAAAUUAUUUUAAUUGCAAUAUCAAUCCAUUUUUAAGUAGCCGUACAGAAAGAAGUAACAGAUUACAAUAAAUCGGUUAUUUCUUUUUUUAGAAGUUUAGAACUGAUCUGAUUCCCGUGUUUCAUCGAAGGAUCGACAUUAAACGUUGAAAUAUUCAGAUUUAUUUUUAUUUUUUAGAAAGGAUAUUUCACAAGAAAAAAACAAUUAUUGAGAGAUAUAAAGGAUUUAAAAGGAGAGGUUAACGCAAGUCGUUUUUUUAAAGAGAAAUAAAACAGAUUUGUGAGUACGGUGUGUUUCUGUAUUAUUAUUUAAAUUUGACUGGACGUGAUCUGAAUCAUUUUUUUACAGCAGCUUCAUGUUGGACGUGACGAUGUGCUCAUUGCUUUCCUACCACAAGUUUACUGAAUGGAGAUAUAGGAAAAACUGACUUGCACAGCAAACCCGCUCAGUUGUAUUUAAAUGUGUCGCGUCUGCAGCGGCUAACCUCACAACUACAGUUGGUGGAUUUCAAGCGAUUCGGUCACCUUUCCUCGGAGGAGAAACUCGCAAUGAGAAUUUUUACGAAAAUCAUCCAGUUGAUAGCUGCUCUCCUUAUUCAAUUCUCACCUGCUCAGACUUCUGGAGCAAACGGUACUUCUGAAGUGAUGCUCUUCGGGGAGGUGUGGCGCCGGAGUUUCUGCCGCACCGUUGAGAAGCUGGUGGAGGUGGUGCAGGAGUACCCAGGUGAAGUGGAGCACAUCUUCAGCCCUGCCUGCGUGCCGCUGUGGCGCUGUGCCGGGUGCUGCGGGGACGAGAACUUGGAGUGCGUGCCCACAGAUACCUACAAUGUUACCAUGCAACUCUUGAAAAUCAAGCCAGCUGAGCGACAGGUGUAUGUUGAAAUGACAUUUAUUGAGCAUCAGAGAUGUGAAUGUAGACCCAGAAAGGACACCUUUAAAAAUGAAAGGAGAAGAUCAAAGAAGGGGAGGAGAAGAAAAGAAAAACAGAGAACAAAAGACUGCGACACGUGUCAACCUCCUCGCAGGUAACUGAAGUGCCACAAGAGGGACACAAAGCAUCUUUUCUCCGGUAUUUAUUUUCCAGUCAGUAAUGAUGUUGGCAAUCUUCUCAGCACUUUUAAGAAAUGGUGUAUUCCUCGUUGGGUCCUGAGCUGCAGGAACGCUAUAGCGGAUGAAGGACUGAAUAACUUUUCACAAGCAGAUAAGUUUAAGAAGUCCCCCCCCCCCCCGCUGCAACGGACCCCCAUGGACUUGCCCGGGAAGAUGUGCUACACAUCGCUAGAUACCAAGCGCAGAAGUUAUAAAAAGAAUAUUUGAGAUGACUGAAAACUUUCUCUUUCUAAACUAAAUAUUUAUUGCUAAUAUGUAGAUUCCAGUAAUGUAAAAUCAAUAUGAUAAGCAAUAGGCAAAGAGCCUAUGCACAGAGAUUUUCAUUCUUCAGACUGGACAUUAACUGAGAGCCUUUCUACAUCUUUCUACUCACCUUGAUCAGUUCUCCUCCGGUUCUUUCCAAGCAGGUUUUCGAUUCCCCAACGCUGGUGAAAACGGCAAAAGUCUAUUAUUUUUUUAUGUUUUGUAUAUAUAUAUAUAUAUAUAUAUAUAUAUAUAUAUAUAUAUA